AACAAACUGAUAGGACUUCCUGACACUUGAUAAAAGUCUCCUUUCCCAUUACCAUUUUUUUGCGUGCGUGUGCAUUUCCUGCUUCAUUCAUUUCAUUGACGCAUUCACAGGCAGGGAAUUUCAUGGGAUUAUAUGCGAACAGAAAGCUUUUCAUUCAAACACAAGGACUCGUUCAGAGAUUCACUUACCACAGCAAAGUCGAGUAUCGAGUGCUCUUCUUCAAAUAUUCCCUCGUCACGGCAGGCUUCACAAGGGAUGGGCCCGGAGCUGGGAGCGAUAAAAGAGAAGCAUUUAAACUGCUCUGAACGAUGCAACGUCUGCCAUGGAAGAGAAUCUGAUCACAACCGUUCAUGUCUUAAAUGGUAACAAAUACAAAAUUAAUACACAGUUAAAAACACUAAAAUUUAAGGCUCUGUUUUUGUGUUGUCAUGCACAUGCAGAUUUUGCCAUUGUGUUGCUAAAUUAGUUGGGCGAAACUGUUUUUGUUUACGCCCAGUAUUAUGGUCAGAAACAAUAACAGUUACUCAGUAGUACUGCAUGCAGCAGUGUUCUCAACACACACACGAACAUGUUGUGACAAUACAGUCAUUUGAAGGAUUUCGAAGGAUACCUUCUAAUAAAAACGACGACGCUACUGAAUUACUUUCGCGGAAAUUCGAGGAUCAAUUUAACCAAGCCCCUUUUUAUAUUCGCACUUCACUUAGUCAGAUUACUGCUUGUGCCGACGGUCCUGAAAGUUCCAAAGAGAUAUAACCUUAAGUUUUAUAUUUCUGCUUGCACCACGAUCACAAAAACAGUAGCCUCUAAUAGGAACCGGUCUAAUCAAACUAUUUCAACUUUAGUAUUUAAAAUGAUCACACCCUGCAGUAAAGCAGAAGCUAACAUCAUUUUACAGAAAUAGAAGUUAAAGCUGGCCCCGAAACAUCCCAUUUUUCAACAGAUGCUUUCAUGCCCAGUUUCGGUUGUGCUCGGUUCAACCAAUUACAACAACCAUAAGAAAACAGAAGCAACAAAUCUAACAGUUUUGUUCCGUUUCUCAGGCAACUGUAAUGGGAAGUGUCCAAAGUUACAGUUCAUCAAAGAACAAUAGAGAGUCAUGACAUGUUCAGUUACAACCCAAGGAUGAGGAGAUUUUUUUUUUCCCCCAAGCAGGUGGAGGAAAAGUGGAUGGGAAAUGGAGGGGGAAAGUCCAAAAGGAGGCCAGGAGCACCUCGAGUACCUGUGUUGAUCAGGAAGCAGCACACGUUCACGGAUUCGGUGCUCUAUGGCCAAUUAUAUCCCAGUCAUAUUCGGACGAACCCCGUUCAAAAAGCCCUGCUGGCUGUGGGGUCAGGAGUCGCUGCUCUGCAGAAUCCCUAUAGACAUGACAUGGUUGCCGUGCUGGGGGAGACUACAGGGCACCUCGCCUUGUUAAAACUAAAGCACAGAAUGAGCAAUUACCCUGAAGGUUACACCGUUCUCACAGAGCGUCCGAGGAUACGCCUGUCCACACUGGACCUUUCCCAGAUGUCAACACUUCCGGAAGGCUCCUUAGGGAGGGAAUAUCUGCGUUUUCUGGAAGACAAUAAAGUGACACCAGACACACGUGCAGACGUUAAAUUCGUUGACGACGAAGAGCUAGCGUAUGUCAUGCAGCGCUAUAGAGAAGUGCAUGAUUUAAUACAUACAAUACUAGGAAUGCCUACUAAUAUGCUUGGAGAAGUAGCUGUUAAAUGGUUUGAGGCUGCUCAGACAGGUCUGCCCAUGUGCAUUAUGGGAGCGGUCCUUGGUCCACUCCGGCUAUCAAAGAGACGUAUGCAGAAGCUGGCGAUGUCUCUCGGGCCGUGGGCUUUGCGGAGCGGCAGUCGCGCACGCUGCAUUUUGAGUGUUUUCUACGAGCGCCGCUGGGACCAGAACCUGGAGGAGCUCCGAGAAGAGCUGAACAUCGAGCCUCCACCUCUCAUCAUGCCUACAAAGAGCAAGAAAACAGCCUGAGAAUCCUAGCAGACUUUCAUACUUGCCCUUUUAAUGGCGGAAAGAUUACUGUCUGAGGAGAGGAUAUCCGUGUAGCAACUUGAAUGUGUGAAUUUUGUAAUUAUAUUAUCUAACUUUUGAUGGUCAUUCAUUCUGAGAAGUGGGAUUAAAGUUAUUGGAGGAAAUCUUGGGUCUAAUAAUGCGACAAUUUUGUGUACAAAAGGGGACAAAAUAUUCUAAUGUUGUCCUUUCACAGACACUUUCAGGUGGAAGAGGGAAAAUGAGAACCUUUGGUUGGGUAAGGAGCAUACUUGUGUCAUAGACUGUAAAUAGGGUCUGUGGGCUGUGUGAUGGAUUCCACAUACUGUAUUGCCUCAUUGUUGGAAAGUUGGAUAAAAGUCCAUAAGAGCUGCUUUAUCUUGAGAUUUUUCAAUAUGUAGAUUUAUAGUUGUGUCAUAUAUUUACACAUUUCCUGUUGAUACACACCAUGUGUACUCUUCUCUGUGGAAUGUUCUAGGCAUUUCCUGCUUCUGUGUAUAAUUAUACAGUCAUGCUUUCACAUGAUCAACAGUCACGCUCAGAAAAUGUUGACUAUCCUUGUGAACUAGUUUUCUCAAGACACAUGUUGAAAUACUUGAAUAAAACACAGUCAAUAGAGAUUUUAUUGUGCAGGGACAAACAACCAUUUAAUCAUGGUGGAGUCAGCAGUAUUGUCAACUAUGCAUCAGGUCCUAGAUUGACAACGUGGGAAAUUUAUAAUCAAUUGUUCUUGGAUAUUUUCGUAGAAUUUUACAGAGUAUUUUUGGACAAUAAAUACAAUUUAAAUGCUUA